AUGCUCGGUAUCCGUACCGCAUUCAAGCCCGACUUGGAGUGUUCCGCUGACGAACUUGUCUACGGUACCACCCUACGGAUUCCUGUUGAUUUUUUCCGUUACUCUAAAAGCUCAGGCGACUUGGAUCCCAGCGAUUAUGUGCAAAGAUUCCGCCAAGCCAUGACUCAUCUUCGAGCCACUCCUCCACGUCCUUCAACAAGUAAGUCGUACGUCGAUCCGAACUUACUAACAUGUCCUUUUGUAUUUGUCCGCGUAGAUUGCGUUCGCCAGCCACUACAACAGCUCUAUGACGGCCCAUUUCGAGUACUAUCGCGCAAGGACAAGCAUUUUACAAUUGGCCGUGGAGGCCGCACCGACGUGGUCUCAAUCGAUCACUUGAUGGCGGCUUAUAACGAGCCUCUUUCAACUUCUCCAACCGAACAACCUCCACUUGGCACAUUGCCACUUGCUAUUUCCCAGACUCCAUUUACGCCCAAAACCGCGCGUCUUCCCUUAUCCCACAGACUCCUCCCCCUACGGGCGACCAUUCUUCUUGGCUACGAUUUCGACAUUCGCUACUGUCGUACUACAGACUUUGGUCAGGCUGGCACCCUUACUGGCCUUAUCAGCAAUAAGCAGGAACCUGAGAAAGACACCGCGAUUGCGGCCAUUUCGAUUGAAGACGAUUCGCGCCGUCAGCUAUCAGACGCUAUACGAGGUAUCCCUGUCACUUCCGCGGACAUCCGACGUGCUACUGAACAGGAUCCUGUCCUCCAUCGGUCAAUCACGUACGUGCAAACCUGCUGACCAGCCACUGCUCUCGCUGGCGAUCUUCGCCAGCUCUUCCUUCGCCAAGAAUCACUAUUUGUGGUUGACUCCAGCCUCAUGUUUGCGGACCGAGUGCUGAUCCCAUCUUCCCUCCGACCCACUGUACUACGCCAGUUCCAUGCGGCUCAUCCUGGUGCCAGCCGAAUGAAGUCUAUUGCUCGCAGUUUUGCUUACUGGCCGGGUAUCGACGGCGACAUCGACGACCUGGUUCGACGCUGUUAUCGAUGUUAG